CUCACUUCUCUGCUUCUGGUCAAGCCCACACUCCUUGUCGCAUACCGACUUUUACUUUCUUUACACCGACGCCUUUCUACCACUUUCAACAUGUUCGUGUCCAAAGCCCUUGCAUUAUUCGCCCUCGCCCUCGCUGCCAACGCUGCUGCGCUCCCCCAGGCCCGUAGCGAGCCGUCUUACAUGCACGGCACCCAGAAGGGCGACGCCACCUACUACACCCCCGGUCUCGGCGCCUGCGGACAGACGAGCACGUCGGACGACCUGAUCGUCGCCGUCUCCCACUCGCUCUACGACACCUACCCGGGCUACAAGGGCACGAACCCGAACAACAACCCCGUCUGCGGCCGGAAGAUCAACGCCCACUGGGGCGGCAAGAGCGUCACUGUCAAGGUCGUCGACCGCUGCACCGGCUGCGCGGUGACUGAUCUCGAUUUCUCACCCGCCGCAUUCAAGCACCUGUCUCCCCUCUCCGCCGGCCGUCUCCACGGCAUGACCUGGACGUGGGCUUGAGCCCCGCGCUUGCAUCUCCUAGAAGAUUCGUUACAAACUACACUUUCCUUGGGUCUCGCUGGGCAAACACAGAGUAUUUAUAUCGUAUUUAUUUCCUCAGCGCAAUGUAUGGGGUGCAUCAGUUACUUACGAGUGUUGUAUCAAUACCGACACUGCUUUGAAUGAGAGAACUGGAUAUUGUGAUC